AUGUCGGAUUUGAAUGUGACCGAUACUAAAAUGGAAGCAAACCUGAGUGCUUCUAAGAAGGUGGCUUACGUCACCUUCAACCUGACUGGAGAGACGAAAAGAUGGUGGAUUUCUGAAAGAACUAUUAGAGAAGCUAAAGGGACAGAAAUAGUCAGUUGGGCACAUUUCAAGCAGGUUUUUCUAGAGCGCUUCUUCCCAAGCUCGGUUAGAGAUGACAAGGCUAUGGAAUUUGCCACUUUGAAGCAGGAGUUGAAGUUAGAGCAGAUACUUAUUGUAAGUGAUUAUCCAAAGGUUUUCCUAGAAGAUUUACCUGGACUAUUGCCUGAGCGGGAGGUAGAGUUUGCUAUUGAUUUAGUACCAGGCAUUGCACCCCUAUCGAAAGCGCCUUACCGGAUGGCACUGUCUGAAUUAGCGGAACUCAAGAAGCAAUUGCAAGAUUUAUUUGACAAGGGUUUUUGUUAG